GCACAUACAUGCAAAGAUAUAUAUACAUAUGGAUUAUUUGUGCAUUUUGAGUCUUCCCCUCAAUCAAUAGUUUUAUUUGUUUACCUAUUUAUACUUGAAGAUAUUAUAAUAUUUUUUUAAAAGACAUGUGGAAUUAGUAUAAUUAUCACACAAGAGAAUGCAACUACUACAAGUCCAAAUAAUCUACUCAUAUACUGGAUAAUUGAAAGUGGAGUAUUAAUCCCAUAUAUUGGAUAUAUAAGGAUAUAUUUAUGUAUGUAUACCCACAAACACACCCACACACGUGUUCCUGAUUGAACUCCAUCACAUCUAAUUCACCUGAUUACUAAUAUAUAUAUAACAAUUCACCUCGUCACCUGAAUGAUCAUAGUGAUCUGAACUCACAGUUGAAUAAAAUAGUUCAAAAAUAUGCACGGCAACUAUGUUUGGAUCAGUCUUUGGAGAGAAAAUCAAAUCUAAUAGAUCAGAAACCGUCUAAGAAUAUGUCCUAUGAAUCUGAGAUGGAAAAAACUUUACAGAAGUUAAAUGAUGUUAUCCAGUUAAGGCAACAAUUACUUCAGGAACGUGCGACGCUACAAUAUCAAUUAGACGUAUUACUACAAAAAUCUGUAGAUAAUGAAGAUGAUGAUGUUGAAGACGGAGGUGUUGGUGGUGAUGAGGGUGGUGGUGACGGUGGCCGGUUCGCUGGUGAUGAUGAUGAUGACAGUAGUAUGUUGCAUGCAAAACAAGAAGCUGUAGAUUCGAAAUCCAGAGAAACUGUCGAACAACUCAAAUCGAAGAUUAAAGAGCUGGAGAAACGCUGUAAACUACAACUGCUAAGACAUGAAGAAAUUCUCCUGGAAAUUGAAGAUGUACGCAAAAGAAGUUGUACAAAUUUAGGCAAUUCUUCAACUUUGUCCUCAUCAGUAACAUUAUCUCCGUCAGCCCUCAACACAACAGCAUUAUCACCAAAUUUUGUACAGAAUCAGUAUCAGUAUCAGAAUGCUGUCAACGCGCCUACUUCAUCGUUAUCCUCGUCACUGUGUCUUGUAGAUAUGCCCACCAGUAAAACACAUUUAUCCCUAGGUACACCUAAAUUAGAUCAAGUUAAAGUACACGGACGAUUGUUACAAACUGGAAAACAGAAAAAAUCAACACAAUCAGCUGAAAUGCAUUCAUUGCUGGCCCAGUCAUCAAUGAGUAUUGAACCAAGUAUAUCAACACCACGUAAACAAGUUAAAGGAAGACUGUUUAGAAGUAACACUGAACCUCAAGUUUCUGAAGGCAAUGAUCCCAACCUUGUUGAAUUAUUCCAAGUGAUUGAAGAGUCCAAUAAGUCAACAGAUGUCCCAGCACCCCGUAUGAUUACAUUAGAGCGUCAAUUAUUUCAAAGUAUACUUAUUAGUUGGAAACCACCGGAGUUAAGUUCAAUGAAUGAUGGUAAAAUUGUCUCAGCUUAUCAUAUCUACGUGGAUGGACAAUUCCGAUUGGCUGUAAUGGCUAAAGAGAAAACACGUGCACUGAUAGAUAAUGUUGAUGCAGACAAGCCUCAUCGGAUUUCUAUUCGUUCUAUCUCCUCUCAUGGUCAAUCGAAAGAUGCACAGUGUACAUUGGUUGUCGGUCGAGGAAUGACAGCUACACCUGCCCGAUUGAAAGCUACACAAAUUGGAACAAAAUCAGCUAAAUUAAGUUGGAUUCCCGGGAAUAGUAAUUAUUAUCACCGAGUUUACCUGAAUGAAUGUCCACUGCACUUAUGUAAACCCGGUGUGUAUAAAUUACAUCUUACAGAUUUACCUCCAGAUACCCUGCAUCAGGUUUGUGUUCAAGCCUUACCAUCACCGAUUAGUACUCCUGAACCUGUUCAACAACCUCCACCUUGGAUCAAUGCUAGUUGGAGUGGUGUAUAUACACAAAAGUUAGCCGCUUUCAUUGAAUUUCGUACACUUCCUAUAGGUUUACCAGAUCCCCCCAGCCAUGUACAGAUAGAGGCUGGACCUCAAGAUGGAAUGCUGCUUAUCACUUGGCUUCCAGUUCCACAGGAUAAAGGUGCAGCAGAUGCUGUAACAGCUGCUGGUGCUGGUAGUAGUCUGCCUGUUCAAGGAUAUACUGUAUGCUUAAAUGGUCAAGCAAUUAUGGAGUUACAAGGAGCUUCAAGAGAUCAUGCUAUCCUGAAGUUAUCCACUAUUAAAGAUCAUGUACAAAGAUUAAUGAGUAUUUCAGAUCAGUCAGCUGUACCCUUUGAAAACAACAGUAAUAACAAUAAUAAUAAUAAUAUUGAUUUUAACAACUCUCCUAUAUCAAAUCAAGUCAACUCAAGUACAUUCUCCAACCCUUUAUACACUCCUGGAAAUUCUUCAUCGAUUAUCGAAUUAUACAUCACAGUACAUUCGACAGUUCCUUUGAAUUCUAUAAAGGCCAAUGUAAACCAGUCAUCCACUGAAGGAUUUUCUGAACAAGGAGCUAAUUCUUCAAAGUCUUGUCAUGUUUUAAAAGGUUCAGAAGGUCCUGCGUCGAAACCAAUACGCUUAACCGCGUGUUUAUUGAUUGCUGCAGCUGGUUCUCUUGAGGCGGCGUACACUGUAUUCGGACCGAGUCUUGCAGUGAAACUCGGUAUUAAUGAAGAUUCAGCAAAAAUGGCCGGUGUAUCUUUGUCGUCAGUUGAUGGCAUACAUGAAAUCAAUACUUAUCCUAAUGCUGAAAAUUUGAACUCUGAUGAUAAUCAAGGGCUAUUGAUUGUAUCAGCUGGAACAGUUACACGUAAGCCUAGUCCAACUGCAGAUGCAUUAGGCUCAGCUGAAGCUUUAUUACUACGCCGUAAACUAGAAAAACAAGAGUUAAGUGAUGAUUCACAAACUUCAUCAGACCACCAUUCACCUAAACCGAUAAAAAGUUAUAGUCAAUCACUGAAGGUUAAGAGUACUCCACAACAAUCAUCCUGGGAGACACGUAAUUCACAAAAGACAUCAACCGAUCGAAAUUAUGACCACCGUUACCAUUAUCCUCAUUCUCACCAUCAUCAUCAUCAACAUCCUCCACAACGACAUUACCAUCAACAACGUAGCCAUAAACACACAAAACACAGACUUCGUCAGACACGAUCAAUUUCAGAUGAUUAUGAAUUGAAUGCAAAAUCUGGUCUUCCUAAAGAUGCCUACUACCAUAGUGAUGAAGCUUCACUGAACAGUUCUGUUUCAAGUGAAUCUUUCAAAGACUCCGCCAAUCGUUGGUUUCGUACAUCUUCUUCGUAUAAUUUAACUACAGACUAUCCAAAUCGCCGAUGGAAACCUCGAGGUGGUACAAGAAGUUAUUCUGACAGAGGAUAUCCGCAUCACGAAUAUCAUAGAUACUUAACUGAUGAAAGAAUGAAUAGAAAAGAAGGGAUACAACGUAGACAACAGGUGCAUAGUCCUUAUGAUAAUAGAAUGUACCCCGUACAUGCUGAUCAACAGUCCAGCUAUUCCAGCAAACAUCCAAAGUCUUUCAAAAGUUUCACCUACAGCGGUAGAAUAUCCCCGGAUCCUAGACAUGAUAUUAUAAGCAAAUACGGUACAAGAAUAUUACUUGAUCAUUACUAUCCAGACAGUCGGUAUACAAACUAUGAUGUGAAUCCAUUUUCAUCAUCAUCCAAUGAAGAAAGAUAUCCUGAAACUAUUUACAGUAGCCGAAGUCAUCUCAGUCCUAGAGAUCGGCAUAAUAGGCUUCCAUUCUCUAACAUUCUAAGGCCACAAACUUACAUGGUGAAUACAAGAAGUCGAAGUACAAGUCCGAAGCGUAUUCAUAAAUUCAGUGUGCCACAACCAACUAGAAAUACAGAAACAGAUUAUUGUAGUUUUCCAAAUGUUCCUAUCCACAGAACUCCUAAACAUUAUCGACCUUUAGCUAUGGGUUCAGAAGGCCGACGAUGGCCAAUCAGGCAAAGGUAUUACUCCGCCCAUGGUAAUCCAUAUGAGAAUCUUUCAUUACCAGAAAUACAGAUAACACGAAAUAGCAGUUUAUCAGAUAAUGAACGUCAAUUUCAAGUAUCCGAUCAACAUCAACAACAAUCACAAUUUCCUUAUCAGAAUAUACGUGGACCUAUCCGACCUAUUCGAUCACGUUUUAUGGACACGAGACGACAUGGUUCACAUGAUCCUCAAUCACUACAUCAUGAUCCGGCAUAUUCACGACAGAUGAUCCCAGCUGAUGCAACUGCUGCAUCAGGAUCAAAAAGAUCUCUAUAUCAUAAUAUGCCAUCAUUACCGAAUAAUCAACAUGAGCAUAAACCACCUUUAAUUCAAGGCAAUACUAAAGGUUAUCGAUUAGGCGGCGAUCAAGGAUAUGAUCCUGCGCUAGUUAAAAGUGGUAAUCUCAGACAGUCUGUUGGAGCACAACAUCAACAACAGCAACAACAGCAAUUAUCAUCACAGUAUUCAAGGUCUGGGAAGCCAUUUACACAAGAUGAACAACAAUAUAACUUGAUGCAAAGACAUUCUAAUGAGGACUAUCCAGUUCGAAUGAUGCCUGGUGAAUCUAAACCAAUCCAAGUUGUAGUCGCAUUGUAUGAUUAUGAUCCAGCUACUAUGUCACCGAAUAUUGACGGUGUACAAGAGGAAUUACCAUUCAGAGAAGGUCAACUAAUUAAGAUUCUUUCUGAAUGUGACGAAGAUGGAUUCUACCUAGGUGAAUGUAACGGUCUACGUGGAUUAGUUCCAUCGAAUAUGGUGUCAGAAUUAGAAGGUGAUCUAUCAAGAGUACAAAAAUACAACCAUUCUCUUGAUCCUCGUACAAAUCUAACAGAAUCCAGUUUUAUCCCACCUGGUCAAAUGAGUAAAACACGUUCAGUGGAUGUUCCAUCACAAGGCCAAAGUCAAGGUCAAGUAAAUUCAUCCAGUAAGAACUAUUACAUGAGUAGAACACAUGAUCGUAUGAUUCCGCAAACGCAUUCUACGCCAAGGAAUAUGGACAUGAUGAAUGAGCAUACAUUCCAUCCAAGCGCAACAGUACCCAAUUAUUCUGAAGUCAAAGAUAUCUAUCCAGAUGAAAUGACACCGGAUCGUAAUCUUCAAUCUCAGCAGGCCCAGUCGAAAUACACCGAUUCUAUGCAUACACCACGUACAUUACAGAAUAAACCAUUGGAAAAAGUGAAACAUCCGCCAGAUCAGGAAGCAAGAAUUAUGACUGCUAUUUAUGAUUAUGAUCCGCACGUGUUAAGUCCAAAUGCAGAUAUUGAUGCUGAGUUAUCAUUUAGAUCAGGUGAACAAAUCACUGUCUUCGGUGAUAUGGAUGACGAUGGAUUUUAUUACGGUGAGACAAGAGAUGGUCGUCGUGGUCUUGUGCCUUCAAAUUUUUUACAACCUUGUACAAAUGAAAUAAAUUUUUCAAGUAAACCAAACAGUUCAUCAAACUACCCACCACCAUCACAAAUGUCUUCUACAAAUCCACGUGACCAUGACAGGCAAAAAAUGCAAACCAGUAGGAUGGUUUCGAGUAAUCGAGAACAAAGCCAUGGAAGUGAAUAUAAUAGUCAGCCAGUAAGAAUACAAAGUCAAUCAAAUCCACCGGCGUAUCAAAGUGUUAAUUACAUUAGGAAUACAAAAUUAGAAACAGUGCCAAGUAGUGAAAAGGAAAGACUUGCCUAUAAUCCACGAUCUAGUUCACCACGUUUACAAACUAGUCGUCCAUUUAAUUCUGCCAAUGACAGUGAAGUUAUAGACAACAACAACAACUUUAAAUCACCAACUCAUCCUCGUGAUGAUUACGAUCGUAAUGGGAUUGGACGAUUUCCAGAAAAUGAAGAAGAAUCCAUUAUUGUAAUGGAUUUAAAUCCAUAUCCAAAUAAUCCACAGAGAAAAAGUAAUUUCCCAUCAUUAGGCUUAUCAAGAGGCUCAUCACAGAAUCGUAGUAUUUCAGAGAAAGAUUAUGAGUCCAAUUAUGUCGGGCAAAAUGAAUCUGGUGGCGGUGUUGGUGUUAGUGCAGGAGGCAGUGGCAGUGGCAGUGGAUCAGGCUUACCUCAACAACGAAGACGUUCAACAAUAAGAAGUUUAUUCAAACGUGAAUGA